GGGAGCGGCCGCUGCACCUGCGAGGGAGGCGGUGACAGCUGCGGCGUGAGAGCGGCAGGUGCGGCUGAAGAGGUCCCUGAGGCCGGCAAGGAUCCGGGCGAGCCCUGGGUCGGAAGUGUCCGGUGAAGUUUCCCCCCGGCAACCGGCGCCACGGCGAGCAGGGCCCCAAGCCGGACCUCCAUGGCGGAGUCAACAGCUAGUGUGGGAGCCUCCGCGACGGUCACCGAGACGGAGGUGACUGAGCCGGAGAAUCGCAGCCUCACUAUCAAAUUGAGGAAACGAAAACCGGCCAAGAAGGUGGAAUGGUCAAGCGACACAGUAGACAAUGAACACUUGGGACGGCGCUCUUCCAAAUGCUGCUGCAUCUAUGAGAAGCCACGGGCUUUUGGCGAGAGCUCCACAGAGAGCGAAGACGAGGACGACGAAGGCUGUGGCAACGCCCACUGCAUCCGGGGCCACAAGAGAGGCCAGCGGGGGAAGGCGCAGGGUAAAGCCGGUGGCCCAGCAGAGAGCAGCCCCCAGAAGUCGGAGCCGCCUGACCAAAACCACGCCGCGGCCAUGCAACACUGAACCCUGCCCUGCCGUGGGGUUGGGGGGAGAGCCCCACCUCCUACCCUGAGCAGGGACUGAUGCCGCCCCAACUCUGGGGCAAGGGGGAGGGAGGGGAGGGGAGGGCUCACGCAUCCUGUGCUGGUGCUGACACUGCCUCGACUCUGGGGGGAGGGGAGGGGAGGGCACAUGCACCCAGCUCCCCGUCUGUCUCUUGCCAGUGCUGCUGCUGUCGUCUUAUCUGUCCAUCCGUGGCUGGUGAGUCCGUCUGGUGCCGCCCAUCCUCACCCCCCACCCCAUCCAACGUGGAAUGUAUUCACAGAGCCUUCUGGGUUCUUUGGCUGGUUUUUUUCCCCUUGCUUCAUAAUUAAAUAUUUGUAUCGGUGAUGAACAAGGUGGGAAACGGGUGCUGCUUUGGAAAGGUCAGUGAUAGAGCUGCCUCCAAACCCCUUCUGUUGAACAUGCGUUUCCCCGUCUCCUCUCUCUCUCUCUCCCCGUUCCCGGGCUUUGAGUCCACACUUCCACUUUCUGCCUUGUACCUCUGCUCCGACCUACUUUUCUUCCCCAGCCCUGUAUGUUCUCUGCCUUUCCAUGCUCUGCCCAGGUAAUUUUUGCUUGUAUGCUCUCUCGCCUUCACUGAUCCCUGCUGGCCUCAGCUCCGCUGCUGUAUCCUGUAGCUCACUCCAGGUCUCGCCACUGCAUGGUUCCUGCGUCUGACACACAGCUGCCUUAAGGGUGCAGCCUUCAGGUCUCCCCACUGUCUUUUGAUUUCUGGCGCUUUGAUUCCCAACUCUUUGUUGCGACACGGCUACCUUCCUUUGUUGUCUUCAAAUGUCUUUUUAAAAGAACGUCCGUCCCCCCUCCUGUGACUGCUUUUUUUAAAAACAACAACAACAACCAACAAUGUUUCUUUUUUCGUUAUGCUA